CCGGGGAGGCGUCCGUGUGGCGGCUGGCGGGAGCAGGCGCCGGGCCGAGGUGCUCCGCGCUUCCCGCCCCGUCUGGGCGCUGGCGGGCGGCCCGGGGCGACCUCGGCCUGCGCUCGGGCACCGCCGUGGGCGCUGCCGGCGCCGUUCUCGCGUUGUUUUUGAGUCGCCGACUGGUGCUGGGCCAGUAACUAAAGCAGUGGCCCGGUCCCUCGCCUCCCCAGUAACACCCAGAGAGAGAGAAGCCAACUGGGCUCCCUUCCCGUCUCUUCCGAAGAAGCACAGGCUUCGCUUUUUUUCCACGUAGCAAUUUUUUCUUGAUAGUAUCUCAAGUUCUGUUGGAUGAAAUGCCUAAUUACUUUGUAAACAGCGCACUUUAAGGGUUUUCCCAAUAGAAAAACCGAAAAAAUGAUCGAUAUUAAGGCUUGGGCUGAAUACAUCGUGGAGUGGGCUGCAAAGGACCCAUACGGCUUUCUUACUACAGUGAUCUUGGCCCUGACACCAUUGUUUGUAAUUAGUGCAGUGCUUUCAUGGAAGCUUGCAAAAAUGAUCGAGGCCAGGGAGCGAGAGCAAAAGAAGAAACAGAAACGCCAAGAGAAUAUUGCAAAAGCCAAACGAAAGAAGGAUUAAAUGGGGGGAAAAAAAACACCAACAAAACAAACAAUGGUCUUUCAUGUGCAAAAAAUCCACUUUUUACAUGAAACACUUGUAUGUUUUGUGUUGUAACUCUCCUUUAAUACUUGAUCAUGUUAUUUCUUGAAGUAUGAAAUUCAAUCCCCCCAGUGUAUUUUUUUUUUCUGCUGAGAUGACUUGUGUUAAAGUUUGCCCAAGUGACACUUACUACAGUCACUUAAUCUACUACUUGUGUUCUAGUGCACGUUGCUUUUCUAAAUUUGCAUGUUAAAUUAAAAAAAUUAAUCUGU